UGGCCUGGCAGGCUUGUGCAUUUGUGCAAGUCAAGAAAUCCUUUUCUUUACUCACACAUUCAAAUACGUCUUCAAAUUCUCGUCCGCAGACUACAAAUCUGAUCAAUUCAAUACAAUAACCUUGAGAUUUGCUUUCGAGGAACGAUUUCAAUCCUUUGUUUUCCUCGCCCGAUCGUUGUUUUUCCUAAAUCUAUUUCUGAUUCUGGUGUGGCUGAUUCGAGAGAAUGAUCGACGUGGAUUCUCAUCAUCGUCGGCAUCAUCAUCACUCGCAAUCGGAAGAUGAUCGCAGAAAUGAAGAUGGAAUCCCGAGCUUGGAAAAAUCAACUGCUGGAGAAGGGACAUCUGAGUUCAGUUUCGGUAUUGUUUCGUCGUCGUCGUCGUCUUCUUCUUCUUCGUCAAGCUAUGGAGAUUCUACUACAAAUUCUGUUUCUGAUUCGUCGCCGAAUUUCAUGAAGACCACUAGGAGCUCGGAAGCGAGAAGAAACUACUCUCAGAAAUCAGUGGCAAGCCGCUCUGGUUCAAAGCCUACGAGGACUAUGGCGAGAAUGUCGAGUUCUAGAUUCAAAAGGACAUUGAUAAGGAAAUCUUCCGAUCAAGGAGAAUUGCAAUCUCCGGUAAGUUCCCGCAGAUCUAAAUUAGGGAAUCGGAAUAAUGGACAAAAGAAUAGUGAUGUUUCUGCGGUUUAUUCAAAAUCAAAUUCGGUGAUCUCGGGGAUAAUGUUAACUAGAAAGGCAUCACUAAAACCUGUGAGGAAGUUCGCGAAAUUGGCUGCUUCCAAGUCUAAGAAAUAUUCCAAAAUGGAAAUGUCUGAGUUACAUCCAGAAUCAUGUGUUGAAAAGAUGACUUGUUCUUCAGCCCUCAAGGGUUCUAAGUUUUCUGAUAACAUUGAGAUCCAACCUGGAGAAGAGAAAGAAUCUGAAAAACUUGCUGUAAAGAAGAUUUGUCCUUACAGUUACUGUUCCCUCCAUGGCCAUUCUCAUAGAAAUGCUGCUCCAUUGAAGCGUUUCAAGUCCAUGAGGAAACGUGCCAUGAGAGCUCAGAAAAACAAGACUGAGAGCGAACCGCCUUUUCGAGCCAAACAAUCUGGAAAACGUAAGGAAGGUAUUCAAGCAAGCAAAAUGGUGAGUAGAGAAGGACAAGUAGCUAAUGAGAACACAGGCAAACCGGUAUCCACUGUAGAGGAAGAAUUCCGUCCUAGUGUUCUUAUGGAUACCGAUUCGAAAGGGAAAGAUAAUUUUGAUGCAGGUGAAUGCAGCAGCUUGAAGGAAAGUUUGGGCUCUUCUGCUGUUGAUUAUGAGCAAAUGGGAUGUCAAAGUUGUCCAAGUGAAGCUGGUGAGAAGCUCAAGGGAGAUUUGGCAGCGGAAAUGGAUAGUCUAUCGCGUUCGAGCUCUAGCUCGAGUAUCAGCUUAAAUAUUACAGCAGAAGUGCAGGAGAUUAAUCCAAAGUAUGUCAGAAUGUGGCAGUUGGUAUAUAAGAAUGUUGUGGACAGCGACUCUGCCAAUGCUGAUAAUGAACUACCUGUUCUUCAGGUGAAGGAAACAUCAAAGGACGUUGACAACAAAUUGGUAUUAGACACCAACUCCAGCUCCUUUAAGCUUGUCACCAAUAUAGAUCAGGAAGGAGCAGAUGUGUCUCCUGAUGCAGCUGCCAAUAGAAAACUUGAGCUCUUCAAGAGGGAAGCUGUUAAGUUAGUGCAAGAUGCUUUUGAUAGAAUCCUUCUCCCGGAGAUUCGAGACCAAUCCCCUCGACCUCGUGAUGAGAAUUCAGGAGAGAAGCUGUGGGGAAGGAUUCCGGCUGAAGUUAGAGGAUCAAGCUUCUUAAUGCCUUCUUCCAGUACUCAUUCUGCUGGAGAGGAUCUUGCACAAGAUCGAGACGAAAUGGGAACUAAAGUCGAAAAUAAAACGUCCAUGGAAGAAAAGAAAACAAUGCCAAUUGAAAACACGUCAACAAAUAAGUCAGUAGCUAAGGGAUGGAGUAACCUGAAAAAGCUAAUCCUUCUCAAGAGAUUUGUCAAGGCUUUGGAGAAAGUAAAGAAGAUUAACCCACAGAAGCCACGUUUUCGACCUCUUAAUCCUGACCCAGAAGAAGAGAAGGUUCAUCUCCAGCGUCAAACGACAGAAGAACGAAAAAACAGCGAGGAAUGGAUGCUUGAUUAUGCAUUACAACAGGUUAUCUCAAAAUUAGAACCAGCUCAGAAGAAGAGAGUUUCUCUGCUUGUAGAAGCUUUUGAAACAGUUCUUCCAUUGCCUGGAGUUGAGGCUCCCAUCAGGACCAAAGUAGCUUCUCCUGUAGAUUCUCAACAAGAUCAUGGAGUUUCUGAUGGAACUGAUAAAGAAAGCAAACGUCAAAACGGUGCUGAUGAUACCGUUCUUGGGAACUUUUCGAACAUGAAGAACAUUUUCAAAGCAUCUGCAGGCCAAGCAAACAGUAUUACCAAGUUAGAAAACCAGAAUUCAAUGACGUUCUUUAAUAAAGAUGAAGCAAACUUAGAAUAUCUUGAGAAAUCAGAACAAGAUCAAGCUGUUCAUGAAACUACUGGUAGAGGGUGGCAGCUAGUAGGGGACGUUGCUACUCGCAAUCUCGAUAAGGUAGAAGAAGGGAUCACUGUAAAAGGAGGCUAUCCCGUGUCGGUUGAUAUACGCUUGCCAGAGGUCAAAGAUGCCAUUUUAGAUAAUGAGACCUCCAAGAAGCCAGAAGACACUAGCCAUCAAGAAGUUUCAGUGAAUGGAAAGCUUCUAAAGAUUUCAAAAAGGGUAAUUGCACGUUUAAACUCGGAACUACUUCAUAACGGAGAUCUGGAGGCUGACCAAACAAUAUCCAAAAACGAUAGCUCGAUCAGCUUAACCGGUGGAGUAUCUGAUACAUCCAAAAGCCUCUCAUCAGAAGAGUAUGAGACAUCAGCAAUAGCUAGAACCCUCACUUCCGAAGAACACGAGAAAUCGACCGAAGUCAAUAAUUUCGAACAUUGCACCUCAGCAAAUGAACUACUAGAAAAAACAAGGGCGGCUAUAUUCGAUAGAAGUCGGAUAGCUCAAUUGAAAGCUGGUUCCACACAAGCAGAAUCUGUUUCCAGCAUUGGUGAAGCAAAUGAAACACAGUUCGAGCCAAAAAAGAAUGCAAGCAUGUGGUUCUUGAUAUACAAGCACAUGGCUUCGAGCAUUGAUGCUAAAGAUGGUUUGAAACCUCUUGUCAGUCAGGAGACUAACAAAGAUGAAAAGGAAUUUUCUUCAAGAAAACAAAACAAGGAAAUGGAAGACGGGUUUGUGAACGAUCCAGACGUGAAGCUCCGAUGCAUUGAAGCAGUAAAGCUAGUAAACGAAGCAAUUGACGAUAUCCCUCUUCCAGAAAACAGUACCUCACCUGACGAUCGAUCAUUCUCCGACAACUCGAAUAGAGACCAAGCAUUAGAAGAGAAACAAGACGCCUCCGAAAUAACAGAUAGAAGAAAAGAGGUACACAAUACUACUGAUUCUAAUAGCGAAGAACGACCGGUGAAGUCUGUCGAUGCGAACAGCCAGGAGGAGGAUGGAAAAGAGCAAAACAUGGGAAGAAAACACAAUCAGCAAGUUCUAAAGAAUUGGAGCAAUCUGAAAAAAGUGAUUCUUCUGAAGAGAUUUAUCAAAGCAAUGGAAAAAGUAAAGAAAUUCAAUCCAAAACGACCAAACUUUUUGGGUGUGGAGCAAGAUGCAGAAUCAGAGAAAGUUCAGCUGAGGCAUCAAGACACAGAAGAUAGAAAGAACGCAGAGGAAUGGAUGCUUGAUUACGCACUUCGACAGGCCGUGGCCAAACUCACUCCUGCUCGUAAGCGAAAAGUCGACUUGCUCAUACACGCUUUCGAGACCGUUAAUCCAACAACCAGAAAGUGAGAAUCCUACAAGUUAUUUACUUCCUUUCAGUUCUUUAUUUCAUAUUAUUUUUUGUGUUUGGUCUGGCAGAGAAAAAGGGUUACUUCCAUGGUUCAUAUAUUGUGAAAUUUGUUGUGAUUUUGAGAAGUUUGGAGAGUUGGAUUGUGAAUAUGAAGAAUAGCACAAGAACUUGUAGAUGCAUCAGAUGAGCUGUAUGCUUCACUGUCUUCAUCCUUCUUUGCUA